ACGUAUCGGAAGUAUGUUGGGGAUGGGUCGCUUGCGCAGGGCUGGCCUGCCAAAUCCACGUGGAUUCCUUUCGCCGACAUGUGGCGGCAAAAUAUCGAGACUCUAACUCGCAAGAUCUGCGACAAUUCCGAAGAUGAGAAUAGCCAGCUUCUGCGAGCGAUCAAGACUGUUUCGAAUUCCACGGGCGUGGACAAGAGGUUCAUUUUGGCAGUCGUGAUGGAGGAAUCUCGCGGCUGUGUCCGUGUACAUACGACCAGCCUCGCCGUCUCCAAUCCAGGCUUGAUGCAAUCCUACCAAGGUCUCGGCUCCUGCGCUGGAACAGCAGCAUCACCACUCCCACUGAAUCCAUGUCCCUACACGCAGAUCCAGCAGAUGAUCCACGAUGGCACGGCGAGCAACGCAGCUGGUGUCAACCUCCAGGAUUUGCUCGUCCGGCAUACUGAGGGCUAUCAGCCCAUCGAUGCUGGUACAGACGAGACCGCGAAGUUUUACCGCGCAGCGAGAAUGUACAAUUCGGGA